GAGAUCUGCAUUUUGUACUCAUUUGCAAGGUGCUGUCAGUGAAACUGGAUGGAAAGAUAUGCCUUGUCACCAAAAGGACAGGAGUGAGGUGGGCCUGCAGUAACGCCUGACAGAAAAUGCGACAGAGGUCGUGGGUCUUCAGAUGGCUGGGGACAGGGCUAGGACUCUUCUGUUUAAUCACCUGCAGCUGGUCCCAAGAUAACACUGAAGACUGGCAGUAUGAGGAAUGCAAGUUAUCCAGGACUGGCCCACCUGCCACCAUCGUGGCCAUUGAUGAAGAAAGUCCCAACGGGACGGUGCUGGUUGAAAAUAUGCAGAUCAAUGGAAGAGCUCAAGAUCCAGACAGAACCAUUUCACUAUUUCUGCUGGACAACUAUGACCACUGGGUCAUCCUGGACCCUGUGCGACAGAGGCUCUUCUUGAACAGCACCGGACGAGUUCUGGACAGAGAUCCACCCACCUCCAUUCAGACCAUUGUGGUGCAGAUUCAGUGCACAAAUGAGCUGGUUGGUACGGUCAUUUUUCAUGAGGUCCGGAUCGUUGUGAGGGACCGCAAUGACAAUUCCCCUCGAUUCCAGCAGCCACGCUACUAUGUAGCUAUAAAUGAGCUCACACCUGUUGGAACCACCAUCUUCACGGGAUUUUCCGGAAACAACGGUGCCACUGACAUCGAUGACGGGCCAAACGGACAGAUCGAAUACGUCAUUCAGUACAACCCGAAUGAUCCAAGUUCAAACAGAACAUUCAGCAUUCCGCUAACACUCUCUGGUGCGGUUGUCUUGAGAGAGAGGCUCAACUACGAAGACAGAACGCGUUACCUGGUCAUCAUUCAAGCCAAUGACCGUGCCCCGUACCCCAGCGACCGGCGCACCGCCACCACCACACUCACAGUGGACGUGCUCGACGGAGACGACCUGGGGCCCAUGUUCCUGCCCUGCACCCUGAUCAACAACACCCGGGAUUGCAGCCCUAUCACCUACCAGGCAGCCUUCCUCGAGCUCACCGACCCAAGCAAAAUUAACCCCCUUAACGUCACACCCCCAAUCCGGGCAGUGGACCAAGACCGCAACAUCCAGCCCCCCUCGGACCGACCCGGGAUCCUGUUCUCCAUCCUUCUUGGUAAACCGGAGACCUACGCUCAAUACAUCAUGCUGAAUAGAACUACUGCAGAGCUCCAGCUACUGAGACCAAUCAAAAGGAACCUGUAUCAAACUUUUGACCUGUUGAUCAAGGCGGAACAAGAUAAUGGACAUCCUCUUCCAGCCUUUGCUAGUUUGCACAUCGAGGUCCUGGGUGAGAGUAACCAGCCCCCGUACUUUCAAUGGCUCACUUACCAAGGCUACAUCAGCGAGUCGGCAUCUGUGGGCACCACCAUUUCCAGCAACGCCAACCUCACGGCUCCCCUCGGCAUCAUCGCCCUGGAUGAUGAUAUUGAGGAGACGACAGAUCCCAUGCUGCAAAUAACCUUCGAUGCCUUCACCACCGUCUUCACAUUGACUCCAUCUGGGUUAACCCGCUAUCUGACACUGCUGGAGCCAGUAGACCGUGAAGUAAAGCAAACCUACACCUUCAGGAUGGUGGCCUCUGACGGAGUCAAGGAAAGCACUGCAGUGACCAUUAUCAUCGUGGUGAUCGAUGCCAACGAUAACACUCCAACCUUCUCCGAAGACUCCCAUAGUGUCAGUGUUCAUCAAAACAUCCAGCCUGGGGAAACAAUAUUACAGGUGACAGCUCAGGACGCAGACGACGGUUCGAACGGGCUGAUCACCUACGAGAUCCUGGAUGGCGCCCAGGGAGAUUUCGUCAUCGACAGCCGCACGGGCGUCAUGAAGGUGGGGCCGAAUGCGAACCUGGUGGAGGGCCUCUCCUACGCGCUGACAGUGAAGGCCUCAGACAAUGCCCCCAUGUCUCAGAGGAGGAGUUCCGUCAUCACAGUGUUCAUUGAGGUCCUACCGCCCAUCAAGCAGAGCCCACCAGAAUUCCCGUUCAUAAUGUACAGCCUGGAGGUUAGCGAGGCCAUGAGGAUCGGAGCCAUUCUGCUCAACCUGCAGGCAACAGACCGUGAGGGGGAGCCAAUCACAUACCAAAUCCUGCAAGGUGACCCACAGAAUAUCUUCAACCUCUCUGAAACUUCCGGACUCUUGAUUCUGACCAAACCGCUGGACAGCGAGACCGUUGAUCAGUACAAGCUUAUCGUCACCGCCUCCGAUGGACAGCCUGAUGGGACCUCAACAACCACCGUGGACAUAGUGGUCACUGAUGUCAAUGACAAUGACCCCACCUUUGACACGCUCCUGCCUAAGAACUUCACCGUCCAAGAGGAGGAGGCCAACGUGUUCGUGGGUCAGGUGAAGGCCACCGAUCCAGAUGCAGGAGCUAACGGACAGGUCCAAUACAGAUUAGUGAACCACCCCGAGCUGUUCAGAAUUUACAGCAAUGGCAGCAUCUACACAGCUGUGCGUCUGGACCGCGAGACCAGGAGUGAGUACAGUCUGAUCGUGGAGGCCUCGGACGGCGCCGUGGACCGCCGUCACACCACCAUCACGCUGGCCAUCAAAGUGCUGGACAUCAACGACAACAGCCCGGUCUUCUCCCAGGCCUCCUACACCGUUAAUGUUCCAGAGAACAGCCCAGCGGGGACAGUCAUUCUGCAGCUGAGUGCUAAAGAUGCUGACCUUGACUCCAGCGUCACCUACCGCAUCAGAACUGAUGAAGCCAGGCAGAUGUUUGCCAUAAACCGCACGACGGGCCAGCUGUCCGUGAUCCAGGCACUGGACUUCGAGGUCCUCUCCGCCACUGGGGCGACAUACACCUUCGUGGUGGAGGCCCUGGAUGGUAGUGGGGUUAUGCCCCCUGGACUGGCCACUGUCACGGUCAGGAUUACGGACAUGAACGAUUACUCUCCAGUGUUCAGCCAGGCUCUGUACAGAGGGGUGGUGGCACCCAAUGCGGAAAAAGGGAGCCUCAUCACCACUGUGUUUGCUGAGGAUCAGGACCCACCUGGGACCCCCGCCAGCUGGGUUCGAUACAGAGUGGAUUUGGAACAGUCUCUCUACAGCGGCAGCAUCUUCGACGUGGAGGAGGAGUCCGGCAGAGUCAUCACCAAGGUCAAUCUCAACGAAGAACCCAGUGUCACCUUCAGACUGGUUGUCAUUGCCUACGAUGAUGGGGAGCCUGUAAAGAUGAACAGGACGGUUGUUGAAAUCACUGUUCUUCAGCCUUCAGUAAUCCCCAUCUUCACCCAAGAGGAGUACAGGUUCCCUCCUGUGAGUGAGAACGCCCCUGUGGGACAGGUGGUUGGGGUUAUCCUGGCCGCUGCUUUAAACCAGACCGUUUUCUACUCCAUUGUGGGAGGGAACGAGCGCGGAGAUUUCAAAGUGAAUAACCAGACUGGCGUCAUCUCCACCGCCAAGCCGCUGGAUUACGAGACCGUCGCUGAGUAUAUCCUGAAGGUGCAGGCGGACCCCAUGGCCGUGGUGCUGUCCAAUCUCCGAGUGCCUUCCAAAACCAAUACUGCUAAGGUGUACAUUUUCGUCCAGGAUGAGAACGAUCAUGCCCCUGUUUUCACCAAAAAACUCUACAUGGGAGGGGUGGCUGAAGACACCAAGAUGUUCACCUCAGUGCUGAAGGUCAAAGCCACCGACAAGGACACUGGGAAUUACAGCGCCAUGCAGUACAGGCUCAUCAUACCCCCUACGACUGACGGCAAGGAUAGCUUCGUGAUCGAGCAGUACACCGGGGUUAUUAAAUCAGCCAUCUUGUACACAAACAUGCGCCGGUCCUACUUCAAAUUCGAAGUCAUCGCAACCGAUGACUACGGGGCAGGGUUUAGCAGCAGGGCGGAUGUUGUGAUCUCAGUGGUCAAUCAGCUAGAUAUGCAGGUGAUGGUAUCCAAUGUACCUCCAACAGUGGUGGAAGAGAACAAAGAACAGCUUAUUGGAAUUUUGGAGCGCUAUGUCCAGGACCAGAUCCCUGGGGCAAAAGUGGUGGUGGAGUCCAUCGGAGCACGACGGUUUGGAGACGGUUACGAGCAGGAAGAUUACACCAAAUCGGACCUAAUGGUGUAUGCCAUCGACCCUCUAACAAACAGGGCUAUAACCCGGCAGGAGCUCUUUAAAUUUUUGGACGGGAAGCUGCUGGACAUUAAUAAGGAGUUCCAGCCCUACCUGGGCGAGGGUGGCCGCGUCCUGGAGAUCCGCUCCCCCGACAUCGUGGAAAGCGUGAAGAAGGCAGCGCAGGCCGUGGGCUACACGGAGGGGGCGCUGUUGGCCCUCGCCAUCAUCAUCUUCCUUUGCUGCAUCCCCGCCAUCCUAAUUGUCAUGGUUACCUACAAACAGUUCAAAGAGCUUCAGGCAGAGUGUGCCAAAACGGCUAGAAUCCAGAUGGCACUUCCUGCAGGCAAAUCUGCUGGAGGUGCCCCCAGCAAUCUCUACGAGGAACUGGGGGACAGCAGAACCCCAAAGCGUAAAACGUCUUUAAUAAUGGACGGUGAUCGGCAGAGGCUCAUAGGCACUUUCGGCACGCGGGCCAUGGCCCCGCACCGGCCCUCCGCCGCCAACGGGAUGCUCUGCAACAGCCUGCCCAGAUCCGCCAGCAACAUCACUCUCCUGUCUGACAAAAACCCGCUGACCACCAAGAACCCCCUGUAUGACGACAGGCCCCCUGACAGCCCGGACGCUUUCUUGCCCGGCAGAGGCUCAGUGCAGGCCUGGACACUGCCAUCCCGGCUGCACUCUAGGCAGGUGUACGAGUCCCUGCAGAGGCAGAUGGCCAUGGGCCAGGGAGACUGGGAGCUGCAGCUGCUGAAGGCCGACCUGAGAGACAGCAAAGACGACCUGGACAGCCUUGACCUUGCAGGCAGGAAAAGCAUGGAGUCCAGGCUGACGGUCAGAGAGCAGGCCAGGCACUUCGAGCAGCAGGCGCUGCAGGAGAGGACGCCCCGCCAGGGUCGCGAUUCACGGGGUUCCCUGUCUCUCUGCCCGGGAGAUGUGUGGGACGUCGCGCCCGAUUACCCGUUGUCUGGCCUGGACAGCCAUUGCGGUCCCGGGUCGUCUGUGGGCAGGGACGAUCCCCCCUGUAUUCUCAUCACUCAGUGUGACCUCUCCCCUCCGCUGGCCAACAAACCCACCCCGCCGGUCCUGCGCAAGUUCAGCUCCAGUAUCUCCAACUACAUGACAGUGGAACCGUGUGAGAUCAUGGUGGAGAUUAUCCCUGACCCGCCCGAUGUACCGCCUCCUCCUCCUCCUUACAUUGCUCCCCCUCAUGCUCCUCCCAAAAUUCCCCCUCCUCCUCUGCCAAUUUCUGCUCCCAAUACCGAAAAUUCCACCCCCGUCCAACCACCUCCACAUUCCCAGCCCCCUGUCCGCAAACCUGCACCCCCACCACCACCUUCCCCACCCCUUCUCCCCAAACCUGAGGCCUCCGAACCACCUUCUCCACCCCCUCCCCGCAAACCUGCGGCUCCCCAACCACCUUCUCCACCCCCUCUGCGCAAACCUCCCGCCCCCCGGCCACCCUCCCUACCCCCUCUCCCUGAACCUACACCCACCCAACCACCUUCCCCACCCUCUUCCCCGCCCCCUCUCCACAAACCUGCACCACUGCCUCCUCUGGACACACCCCCUUCCUGCGAUCCUGCCCCUCCCGUCCCUCAUGAUCCCGCCCCUCCCCCUGCCCCUCCCCUGCAGAAGGAGCUAAGGGGCGUCCUCCGAAACCUCCGCAACCUGGCUGCGAUAGAAAAGUCCGUUGCCAACUUGUACAGUCAAAUAGACAGAAGCAAGCAGGCGCCGCAGAGCGUCUCGCACCCACAAGUGACCGCCGAGCCCGACGACACCCCCCAGUCUCAGCCUUCCCAGGAGCCGAGCCAGCCAAAUCCCAGCCUGCCCUGCACCACGGAGGAAGUGGAAAAGCACUUUCCCUCGCAGCGAGGAUACGGACGCCAAGAGCAACAACAGCAAUUGCUGAGGCCUUCUCUUCUGAGACCAGAGGAGCUCUCUAUGGAGUCCGGCAUCGACCCAGGACAGGAGUAUUACACUCAGGAUUACUAUAAUUAUGAUCAGGGGUACGACCUGCCCCAGUAUGGCAGUCGCAGGAGGCUGAUCUCUCCGAUGUACGACGAGUAUGGGGAGGUGAUCAUGGAGGAUGACGGCUACUACUACAGUCCUCGGGGCUCUGAGUAUGGAAGAAGCAAGAGGAUUAAGCUUGUUGUUGACCGCGAGUACGAGACCAGUUCAACGGGGGAGGAGAGCACCCACGAGUCCCACAGAAAUCGCCUCUCCAACAUCCACCACAGCAACAUCAACGGGAAUGUCUACCUCGCUCAGAACGGGUCCAUCAUCAGGACCAGGAGGAACGGGCCACUCCAACACUUAAAGGGCAACUCCCCUGCCCAGGCUGGCAAAGCAAGCCUGCGGCUUAGACGAGCAGGAGUCCACUUUGAAACAAUGCAGGACACAAAAGAGCCUUUAGAGUCUCAUAGCGAGCACACGCAGUCUGACGAGGAGGAACUGUGGAUGGGACCGUGGAACAGCCUGCACAUACCAAUGACAAAACUGCUGACUUAUUCUGCUUUUACAUUAAAUAUUUUAUGUCCGGUAUGUCUUUUUUUUUUGAAGGGUAAAAUUUAUAGUGUACACCUAUGCUGUACAUGAUGAACCCUGCCAUUCAGUGUUUGAGAAACAAUGUAGAUGCACUUUAGGGUUUUUUUUUUUUAAUUAACAAGUGAAAUUGAUUUCACUAAAGUAGGUAAUCUUAAAAUGACUAAUAAACCCUUUUAUGAAAAGCAAUAUAUUAACAAAAUUGCCCUCCACUUGUCAGUACCUAAUAAAGGAUUUCAGAACUUAUUAACUUUAAGAAACAAGAAGACUGAUCAACAGUCUACCGGAGAUCAAAACACUGA